AUGCAUUCGCUGUUGGAUCGGAAAAAGAAGGAAGUGGGUGCUGAGCUGGGCUUGGUGGAGAUGCCAGCGGACAGUUUGCUCGGCCAGCCCCAGAGGAUGUGGACGUGUGUGGGCUGCAUGUGGGUGCUGCUCUCUUCAUGCCUGGUGGCAGUUUGCAGUUUCAGCUUCAUCUCCCCCGCUUGGAUCGUCAGGGAGAAGAGCAAAGAGUCGGUGAGCUUCGGGCUGCUCUGGUACUGCUCCGAGAGUGUCUACAAUUGCUACACCUUUGGGGGUCUGAGCAGUUUCGCUGAUAUCCCUUCAGGUACCUGGCAGACGAGUGCUGUUCUCUGUUCUGGAGGCUGCGUGCUGCUAGCUACCAGCGCUCUGUUGGCUAUUGUUACUGUCUUCCUGCCAAGUGGACUGUGUGAGAAGAGAAUCUGCACACUGGCUGGACACAUGCAAACAACAUCGGUGUUUAUUAUGGCAUCUGGGCUUCUGAUCUAUCCUUUCGGAUUGAACUCACCCCUUGUACAGAAAUAUUGCGGAAAUUCCAGCAUCUAUCAUGCAGCGGAUUGUCAGAUUGGAUGGGGUUAUAUGCUAGCCAUCGUCGGAGUCAUGCUUGCAGUCUUUCUACCUUUCUUCUCCAAAUAUGCGCCAAAAGAAUCCAGCUCACCGACUCCAAUACCUGCAAUCUUAUAG